CGCGAGGGCAUGUUGGUCAUUGAGGAAAGCAUUCCUUAGACAAAGCUGUCCUUUGUCGAAUUAACAAUAUUUCUGAUGUAGCAGUAUUGCUUUCCCUCUCAUUCUUCUCUCUGUCAGUCUCUCCGUCGUGAUUCUUCUUUUUCUGCUUCUGUACUGUUUGCUGGAUUCUUUCUUCCCAUUCUCCAAAGCGCUAAACAACCCUUCAUAAUGUAAUCAAACACCACAAUACAAAACCGAAAAUCGCCAAAUGCAAGAGACGCUGCUUUGUAUCUUACAGCCUCCAACAAUUGCUGCUGCCGUCGUCGACGCCGAUAAAGAAGACAAACAAAUCCAACUCCUUGUCCCACCUCCUUGUCACUUGGUGGCCACUCGCCCAAGAUCGCAGCCCAGCUGCCGGCGCGUGACUCCCACGCUCAGCGAAACCGUUGUCGUUGUUUCUGAAAAGGUGCUACCGAACGGAGACAUAUACACUGGGACCUUGACUGGAAGUUUGCCUCACGGGAAAGGGAAGUACCUGUGGUCGGAUGGGUGUAUGUACGAAGGACAGUGGAACAGAGGCAGAGCCUACGGCAAGGGUAAGUUCUCGUGGCCAUCAGGAGCCACAUACGAGGGCCAAUUCAAAGACGGUCGUAUGGAGGGCUAUGGCACAUUCAUCGGCAUCGAAGGUGAUUCUUAUAAAGGCCAGUGGUUGUCCGACCGAAAGCAUGGCUUCGGCGAGAAGCGAUACGCCAAUGGCGAUGUGUAUGUAGGGUGGUGGAAGUUCAACUUACAGCAUGGUGAGGGGAAGUACAGGUGGAGCAAUGGGAACGAAUACGCGGGCGAGUGGAGGCAUGGGGUGAUCCAUGGGAAGGGCGUUUUGCUUUGGGCCAAUGGGAAUAGGUAUGAAGGUCAAUGGGACAACGGUGUACCAAAGGGUAAAGGGGUUUUCACUUUUGCUAAUGGGAAUAACAGAUACGAUAGAAUUUACAAGGAGGAGCCCAGGAAGAGAUUGUCUGUUGAUGCGAAUUUUCCAAGGAUUUGUAUAUGGGAAUUGGAUGGGGAGGCUGGAGAUAUUACUUGUGAUAUUGUUGAUAAUGUGGAGGCUUCCAUGUCAUUUGAUAAUAGUAGUAAAAAUGGUGAUGGUAAUUGUAAGGAGAGUGAUAAUGGCAGAAUAGUUGACACUGGACAGUGCCAGAGAAGCCCUUGCAGCUCUUCUGACGGGGAUUUCAAGAAGCCAGGGCAAACGAUUUCGAAAGGGCAUAAGAAUUAUGAUUUGAUGCUUAAUCUUCAAUUGGGUAUCAGGUAUUCUGUUGGGAAGCAUGACUUGUUAAUGCGAGAAUUAAGGCAAAGUGAUUUUGAUCCUAAGGAGAAGUACUGGACAAGGUUUCCGCCAGAAGGAUCAAAGUUUACGCCACCACAUCAGUCUGUGGACUUCAAAUGGAAGGAUUACUGUCCCAUGGUGUUCAGACAUUUGAGGGAAUUGUUUGCAAUAGAUCCGGCGGAUUACAUGGUUGCUAUUUGUGGAAAUGAUGCGCUUAGGGAAUUUUCUUCCCCUGGAAAGAGUGGAAGCUUCUUUUACCUUACUCAAGAUGAUCGUUUUAUGAUAAAGACUGUGAAGAAAUCUGAAGUCAAGGUUCUCAAUAGGAUGCUUCCAAGUUACUACCGACAUGUUUGCCAGUACAAGAAUUCCUUGGUAACAAAGUUCUUUGGUGUGCAUUGUGUGAAACCAGUUGGAGGUCAAAAGACCCGUUUUAUUGUUAUGGGCAAUUUGUUUUGUUCUGAGUACCGCAUCCAUAGACGCUUUGACCUGAAAGGAUCUUCUUAUGGUCGUGCAACUGAUAAGGCCCCGAGAGAAAUUGAUGAGACAACCACACUUAAAGACCUGGAUCUUGAUUUUGUGUUCCGCCUUGAACGUUCAUGGUAUCAAGAACUAAUCAGGCAAAUAUACAGAGACUGCGAGUUCUUGGAAGCUGAAGGGAUAAUGGAUUACAGUCUUUUAAUUGGUCUUCAUUUCCAUGAUGAUCACUCAAGUAGUGAUAUGAAGAUGUCGCCUAAUGACAUGUGUUUUGAAAAGGAAAAUACACGUCAUGAUAAAACCUUCAUGCGAGGCUAUCACUUGCUGCCAGAUAUGGAUUGGGUAAUGGAAGGCCGGGGCCCAUUUAUCCGGCUUGGGGCAAACGUGCCUGCAAGAGCAGAACGAGUGCACAGGAUAGAGUCAGAUCAAUAUGCAGGUGGUGGAAGUAUCAAUUCAACACUUCCAAAAGGCAUUGGGGAGAUAUCUGAUGUGAUUCUGUACUUCGGCAUCAUUGACAUCCUUCAAGAUUAUGAUAUCAGCAAAAAACUAGAGCAUGCAUACAAAUCCUUGCAAGUGGAUGCCACAUCCAUCUCUGCUGUUGAUCCAAAGCUAUAUUCAAAAAGGUUCCGGGAUUUCAUACACAGAAUAUUUAUAGAGGACAAGUAAUCAGGAAUCAUGAUGGGAGUAAAAAAUGAAAAUCUGGUCAAUUGUUUACAAUCACAACAGAAGUCUGGAUAACACCAACACGGAAAGAAAGCAGGGUGGCAGACGUGUGAGUUUGGCGCGGUCGUGAAUAUGAUGUUUAUGAUGCAUCCAUGUGAUCAGGCUGGUUUGAUGGCUGAGUUAUUAAGAACAACCAUGGUAACUGUGGGGGGAAAAUAAAGUGAGCUUUUUAUAUAUUAAACUUAUGUAUGUAAAUGGAAUGUAGUCACAACAAUUUGUUUGUUUUGUUGUGAGAACAGAGAUGAAGCAGAUUGCAGAAAGUAGAGAAAUGGUUCUGCAGAGUUCAAAGAAGGGAGGGAUUGAAGUAACAAAAUGUACAGUCAAAAGCAAAAAGGAUGAAUGCAAUUUUCAAAAAUUGAACAGAUGGUUUGCAGGCUCAGCAAGGAAGAAAAGAGAAGAUAAUGAGUCUUUUUCUUUCACAUUCAUUCAGUCAAAUGCCAUGUUUGCUUUCUUUUUUUUUUUUUUUUUUUUUUUUUUUUUUUUAAA